GCUGGUGCCUGGUCCCACCUCCGCAAGCCGAGCUCGCUGCUCGGGCGAGUCCGGAGGUGUCCUGGGCGAGGUCGCGCAGUCGCCUCCGGCUCCUCUCCACUGCCCUAUAUGAGGGCCGCCGCAGCCGCCGGAGCAUGGGACGUGCAGUGCAUCCCUGGAGAUGGGGCUGGCGGAGGAGCGCCUGCUGGACGAGCUCGCCUACCUGGAGGGCUUAAUGGCCCUAGUGCUGCACGGACUGCUCCUGCUGCGGGGCUCGCCCUACGGCCGCCACUCGUCCAACUCCGGUCUCCGCUUGCCGGCGCGGGCCGCCUGGCUGAUGCAGGAGCUGCCUUCGCUGGCCGUGCCGCUCUACGAGUGCGCCCGCGCGUCGCCCGAGCGCCUCCGCAGCUGGCCCAACUGCAUCCUUCUGGCCAUGUUUCUCGUCCACUACCUACAACGGUCCUUGAUUUUCCCAUUUCUGAUUCGAGGAGGAAAACCAAUUCCUCUGCAUUCAUGGGUGUUUGGAUGCUUGUUCUGUGCCUACAACGGCUACUUGCAAAGCAGGUACUUGACCCAAUAUGCAGUGUAUGCUGACGACUGGGUAACAGAUCCCCGUUUCCUAAUAGGUUCCAUCAUGUGGCUAACAGGCAUGCUGAUAAAUGUCCAUUCAGAUCAUAUCCUCAGGAAUCUCAGAAAACCAGGGGAGACUGGAUACAAAAUACCCAGAGGAGGAUUAUUUGAGUGUGUAACUGCUGCCAACUACUUCGGAGAAAUGGUGGAGUGGUGUGGCUACGCGCUGGCCGGCUGGUCCCUGCAGGGCGGGGCUUUUGCUCUGUUCACCUUCUGUAUUUUAUUGCCCAUAGCAAAGAAGCAUCAUCAGUGGUACCUCCAGAAGUUUGAAGAUUACCCAAAGUACAGAAAAAUUGUAAUUCCAUUUUUGUUUUAAGUGCAUUGUCAAUGAAAUUAUGUCCAACUUGAAGCUUUUCGAUGAUGUUCAUCUGAGGGCUGUGUCUAUCACUUCUCUGUAAUGUAACUGCCACUUCAUUGUUUUCAAGAUGUGCUCUAGGAAUUUUCUUCCUAAUUAAUUUUAAACUCCCUGAUAGGAAGCUGAUCAGGCUGAAAUGCAGGCUGAAGGACCAUGCUGGAUAACAGGUGGUCACUACUGAUUAUUUUUCUAACUUCAAACUUACCUGUGGACUACGUAGCGCUAAGUGUGUACAAAACCAGAAUUUACAUCUGUCUUUGCUGGCCUCUGUGGAGCAACAAAUGUCACUGUCCCUUUUCUGGCCCCCAUGAUGAUUCCUUCAAGGGCUGUGACGUAGCUGUGCCCUCCUUCCAUAAGGUGGGAUCUGUCUGGGGGGCCUCUCAUGUCCCAGUAGGCCAGAGAGACCUGGGGAAACUUGCCAGCCUUCACUGGCGGUCCCUGUGUGAAAGUAGGGCAGCCCCAGAAGCCCAUUUGAGACUGGACAGAGGCAGCUGGGGCUUGUUCCAGCCCACCGGGUGAUGUCACUGGGCAGCCGCCAGUGGCAGCUGAUAGGGUUUGUUAGCCAGAAGCUGCUCUGUCCUGUGUGGGGACUUCCAGAUCCUCAGGUGGCAGUGCAAAGGUGCAGCGCAGCCUUCAUAUCAUGGGCCACUCACCACGAGCCUUCACUGUUCUCUGAUCUGACGUGAUUUUGCUGCUUUGGCGCCGAGAACAUCUUGUGAUAUGGUGUCACUGUAAUGAAGAGCAAUGCUUUUGUAGAGGAAUUUUGUUAUUAUAUGAACUCGGGCCCUUUUUCUGACCAAAUAAUAGCUUGAAACCCCAAUGCAAUAAAUAGUGGAUCAUCUCAGGAAACCUCAACAGUUACAGCCGAUCUUGAUGGACUUGGGACCCAGUGUUCUGGAAGGCUUAUUUGGCUAGGAGGGAGGUGCUCAUGUGAGCCCCAGAGAAGCUCACUGGGAAUAUGACUUCUGUUGAUGUCCGUUUUUUUUUUUUUUUUUUUUGCAGUUUUUGGCCGAGGCUGGGCUUGAACUCACCACCUCUGGCAUAUGGGGCCGCCACCCCACCCUUUGAGCCACAGGCACCGCCCUGAUGUCCGUUUUUUUAUUGGAACAACUCACAGGUGCACAGGUUAACUCAAGACUGGGUGUGUUUUAUUGCUUAGAAUUCAAUGGGCAACUGAUUAACAUGAGAAGAAAUCCUGGCUGGUCUUACCUCUUGCUGCCUUCUGUUUCCUAAAAGGGGUAACUUACCAUGUUCAUUAGCAUAAUAAAGGAGAUUAAUAAAAUUACAGUUAAAAGCUCAGUUUUUGUUAUCAGCCUUAAGGAUUGUAUCAACACUUGCAAGAUGACCACCUGGUCUUCAGCCCCCAAAUCUGUAGAUCUUCUCCUGUGUCUUUACAUAAAUCUCAUGCUGGUUUGUUAAGGUUAUUUUUAGACAUUUGAUCCUUUGUUGUGAAGGAGGACUUGUUUCCUAAUAAGUUUUUAACCAGGAUAAACAAAAGCUGUUGAUGUUUCUAUGUUUAUUAUCUCCAGCUAUGUUAUAAAAUUAUUUUAUGAA